AUGACUGUGGGGGAAGGCGGCAGAGAGGAUUGGACUCUGCCUCCGGCCACUCCCGAGUCGGGAUCGCACGGAAGUGGAGGAAAGUGGCAGUUCAAGGUCUGGACUCCGAGCAAGGCCGGGCCCCGAUGGGUAGCAAAACUGCCUCUUGUCCAAGCAUGUUACUUUGAGAUCGCUAUUCCUCUAGCUUGUGUUUACGUUGCGGCCGUCCGCAAGACAGCUGCAUAG